UUCAUUUUAUGGCGGGAUGGCGCCCCAUCCCCCAUCUCGAAGGCCGUUCCACCCCUUCCGGGGGACGCCUCGGCGCCCUGCUGCCUUUUUCCCUUGUGGAGCCUCUGGGGUCGGGUCCUGGGAGUCCCCUCAGCGCCGGCCGCUAGUCGCCGGUCCCCGGCCCACACAGGCCGGUGCGUGGCGUGGGGUGGAGACGGCUGGGUCGCGGCAGCUCCUGACCGACCCAUGCAACGGGCAUAUCCUGCGGCAUCCGAGCUCCGGACGUCCCUCGGUGCCACGCUGGCCCUUGGGCCCCGCCGGGCGGAUCGUGACGCUCUGGUAGCGGCGGCGCAUCCCGUGCUGGAGCCGCCUGUGCAGAAAGCAGGCGUGGGUCUUCCGGCGCUCAGGUCUCCAGCCUGUAGUCUAACCCUCUGUUAAAAAAAAAACUGGCUGCAGUCAAGUCAAUUCCGACUCAUAGGGUGGUUAUAAACCGUGUUUGGUUCUAUUUUUAAGUGCAGCCUAGGAACACGAGUACUUUGAAGCAGUUUAACUCUUGGCAGAGGGAGAAAGAUUUGUACCGCACUAAAAAGUAGCUAUUUAAUCAAAUGCUUAUGACCGUCUACUUCAACAAAAACUGACACGAAGUUGGACAGGUAGUGGGGUUCUAGUCAAGCUCUCCUACAGCAUUUUUGUGUUUCAGUUAUUUUUAAAUCUGGAAAGCAUGUACUUACUUACAUUGCAUGAAGUAUCAAAGGUGGUUCAUCUAUUUGAUAAGUGCUGACUGCCUUUUAUGUGUAUUGUGUUUUGUUGUUGGUUGAAAAUCUUUUAUUGUUGGUUGAAAAAGAAUGACAGGUGGAAAAAUGCUGACAACUUUGUAAGUUGCCUUUAAAAAAAGUAAUGCUUUAUGUAGCAUGAUCCCAUUUUUGUGCGCUGUAACAGGAAAAAGUCUAGAAAUGUAUACAUCAAAAUGUUAACAGUGGUUUUUCUGGAUGAAGGGAUUCUAGAUGAUUCAAUUUAAGAAAAAAUUUCCUGCAGGGACACGUUGUUACAUGUGUAAUUUGUUUUUAAGAGGUGAAAGGGGAGGGAGUGAUAAAUUGCACGUGAUUCAGAAUCUACCGCAAGAGAGUAGGAGUAGUGAGCAAAUGUUUAUAUAACGUCCCUGAAUGAAAAACCAAAUUUCUUCACCAAGGUAGUUAUGCAUAUAAAAGGCACUUAAGAAAUGUUUGCUGAAAUGAACAAUGGCUAGCUUUUUGGGUCUUAGUGGUCAUCUUACCAUCUUGCUGAAAGGAGGUCUCAUGAACAUAUGGAUGUUGCUCGGCCCUAAGUAGAAGUCAGACCCUUCUUGAUCAAGGUGAUCCUGUUCCUCUCGCUUGAGGGUCUGAAGCCAGGCCAGUUUGCAACAUUAAUGUUAAUACACUGCUUGGUUUCCUUUUCUUACUUUUUUAUUCUUCUAGUUCUAAAGAACUUGAAAUAUAUUCAAAAAUAACAAGUAGCUUACCUUAAUGUGUUUAACUGACAGUUUUCAGUGUUCUCCCUGAUCUUUGAGAGCUUUUAAAGCAUGACGUGUGCGACUGUUGGCUAUAUAAAUUCUGGAAGCAUAGAAAAGAGGUAUUAGGAGUAAGUCUUGAAAUUUUAGUUUAUUACAUAAAGAUGAAAGCCACUUUUCUUUUUUCUAUUUGAAUGCACUUGAUUGGGAUGGUUACUCAAGGAUUGCUCUUUGUGUUCUUAGGUGAGGGAUUAUAUAUAUUACCAUCAUUUCUAUAAAUCUCAUGGGUAUCGGUUUCUUUGACUGAUUCUCCCUCAUUCCCCAUCCCCACCCCUAAUUGGCAUCUGAGUAAGAACUGGAAGUAAGAUGUAACUUGGUGGCAGCGAUUUACAGUGAAAGAUUUACUCACAGUUUUUCAAAGCCCAGGAGUCAGAAGGCAUGCAUUUUCACUUCUGGUUCUGCUACUUCUUGGUUGACUUUCACUGACUGUUUUCUCAUAAGUAAAAUUGGAAUGGGUUUGGUAAUAGCCCCUCUAUCUACCUUAUUGGCAGUUGGAAUCCACCAGCUGCCCCCUUGGAAUCCCUAUGGGACAGUUCUGUCCUGUAGAGUCACUAUGAGUCGAAAGCAACUCAACGGCAACGGGUUCUUAUCUACCUCACAGGAUUGUUGUGAAGAUCAAAUAGAGUAAAGAUUAGGAAAAUGUUCAAUAAACUAAAAAGCACUAUCUUAUUACCAUAUGAUCGCAUCACCUGUAGUGCUGGUAUACCCACAGCUUGGUGAAGUAGCAAAAAUAGAACGUGCACCUCAAGUUCUUUGCCACUAGAAAUGAAAUGGUCUUACUAAUGAUGCCAGGUUCUGCCUGCCAUGUAAAUCCCAUUGAUGAUAAGAAAAGCACUGUAUAAAACGGGUGGAGAAAACCACAAUGCAUUUCUUUUUCUGGUAUUCCUUAUGUGCCCACUGCCACAGUGGAAAAAACGAAGAAGUCCUAAUCUGACACUAAUCUACUUACUUGAAUUGGGUGAUCACUUUGUCUCCCUAUUUGUUUCCAAAACUAAAAUAAAGGGAUUGAAAGCAUGGGCUUUAAAAGCGCUUAGACCUGUAUUCAAAUCCCAGCCCUACCACCUAUUGACUGUCCAACCUUGAGCUAAAUGUUAUGUGUCAGUUCCCUUAUCAGCAGCAAGGGGUAAACAAAAACUAUUUUGAAAGAGUGUUAUGGAUUGUGCAUAUCAUAGGAUUAAAUGAGGUCAAGUACGUGGACUGCCUGGUGCAUAAUUGGUGCUCAAUAAAUGAUCAUUAUUCUGCUUAAGAACUUUUUAACAGUUUAAAGUCUGACUCAGUGAUUCAGUGACUGAAAAUGUUUGCUUUCAUCGUUGAAUAAUUUAUUUUUGAAUAAAUUAGUGCAGGCUUAUAUUUCUAUUUUAGUGUCAAGAUGUAGCUAUAGCUUUAGAAGGUGAAUUUAUGUCAAGGCAAUGUGAAACAUGUUUACAUACAUAUGUACAUUUCUAAUAUAUAAUUUUUAGCACUUAGUAUAGUUUAUUCAAAAGAACGUUAUACUUAAUUCUGAUAACAUUUUAGUUAAAGAUCUGGCAUCACUGUGUUCUUGAAUCUCAGAGAUGAGCUACAUUUUUGCUUAUGUGAGUUCUGUCGUGUUUUACUUACAGGCAGUUUUUACCGUCUGUGGGAGUUUCCCCAUAAUUCAUUUUUCUUCACUCCAGUAUUAAGAGUUAUACCAAAUUGAAAAGAUAUGAAUGAAUAUCCCAAAAAACGGAAAAGGAAGACUUUACACCCUUCUCGUUAUUCAGAUUCCUCUGGAGUAAGCAGAAUUGCAGAUGGAUUCAGUGGAAUUUUUUCCGAUCAUUGUUACAGUGUCUGUUCUAUGAGACAGCCAGAUCUGAAAUAUUUUGACAACAAAGAUGAUGAUUCGGAUACGGAGACAUCAAAUGAGUUGCCAAAAUUUACAGACGGAAUCAAGGCCAGAAACAGAAAUCAGAACUACCUGGUUCCCAGUCCUGUACUUAGAAUUCUGGAUCACACUGCCUUUCCUACAGAAAAAUCUGCUGAUAUUGAAAUUGAUGAUGAAGAAUGUGACUCACCUGAAUCAGUCAACCAGCAAACGCAAGAGGAGAACCCUAUAGAGGUUCACACUGCCGAAGAUGUUCCCAUUGCUGCAGAGGUGCAUGCCGUCUCUGAGGAUUACGAUAUAGAGGCAGAAAACAAUUCCUCUGAGAGUCUCCAAGACCAGACGGACGAUGAGCCACCAGCUAAGCUUUGUAAACUUCUUGACAAGAGCCAAGCUUUGAAUGUGACUGCCCAGCAGAAGUGGCCUUUACUGAGAGCUAAUAGCAGUGGCCUCUAUAAAUGUGAACUUUGUGAGUUCAACAGCAAAUAUUUUUCUGAUUUAAAGCAGCAUAUGAUCCUGAAGCAUAAGCGUACUGAUUCAAACGUGUGUCGAGUAUGCAAAGAAAGUUUCUCUACCAACAUGCUUCUGAUUGAACACGCCAAACUGCACGAGGAGGACCCCUACAUUUGUAAAUACUGUGAUUAUAAAACAGUAAUUUUUGAGAACCUCAGCCAGCACAUUGCCGACACUCAUUUUAGUGAUCACCUCUACUGGUGUGAGCAGUGUGAUGUACAGUUCUCCUCAAGCAGUGAACUCUACUUACAUUUCCAGGAGCAUAGCUGUGAUGAACAGUACUUGUGUCAGUUCUGUGAACAUGAAACGAAUGAUCCAGAAGAUUUGCAUAGCCAUGUGGUGAACGAGCAUGCCUGUAAAUUAAUAGAGUUAAGUGAUAAGUACAACAAUGGUGAACAUGGACAGUACAGCCUCUUAAGCAAGAUUACCUUUGACAAGUGUAAAAACUUCUUUGUAUGUCAAGUAUGUGGUUUUCGGAGUAGGCUCCAUACAAAUGUUAACAGGCAUGUUGCUAUUGAACAUACUAAAAUUUUUCCUCAUGUUUGUGAUGACUGUGGGAAAGGUUUCUCAAGUAUGCUAGAAUAUUGCAAGCAUUUAAAUUCUCAUUUAUCUGAGAGGAUUUAUUUAUGUCAGUAUUGUGAAUAUUCAACAGGACAAAUUGACGAUCUUAAAAUUCAUCUGGACUUCAAACAUUCAGCUGACUUACCUCAUAAAUGUAGUGACUGCUUGAUGAGGUUUGGAAAUGAAAGGGAAUUAAUAAGUCACCUUCCAGUUCACGAGACCACUUGAUUGUCCUUUUUAUUUUAACUUACAUAAUGUCAAUGUAAAAUAAAAAUACUCAACUUUUUUGGAGAUGUUAAAAUGGAUGAUUUUAAAGAUAAGAGAAUUAAUUGCCUUUAACAAGUAAGAAUUUUUUUAAUUGCCCAAUUUUCUUGACAUUGCUACAUUUUCAGUAUGUAUUUGUAUCUUAAAUGUGGUA